UAUCCAAAUGGUCCCAUUUGCAUCGAACCAAAUUUAUACUUAUAUUCUGAACCGACUCUAUCCCAACUAAAUCAAUUUGAUGUCAUCAUCAACGUAGCGAAAGAAGUUAAGACUCAUACUCGAUUACCAGAAUAUAUCUACAUGCCCUGGACUCAUACUUCUCAACUAUGUCCAGACUUUCCCCAAUUAACAAAGCUAAUUGAAUCAAAUUUGAAUAAAAAUUUAAGAAUCUUAAUUCACUGUCAAUGUGGUGUCUCAAGAUCUGCUUCUUUAGUAGUUGCCUACAUAAUGAAAUUGAAAAAUUUAAAAUUCUCUGACGCCUAUUGUUUUGUUAAGGAAAAAGCUUCUGAAAUCUGUCCUAACAUGACUCUAUUAUAUGAAUUGAUUGAAUGG